AUGUUUAGCUGCGCAUCAAGGCGAUUCGUCGCCUUGAGACUUCCCUCAACAGAAGCUUCACACGUUCCUCGCCGUUCUCUCUACAAAGAUCUCCCGAUAACGUAUACUUCUACGCAAAUACGGACCGCAGCAUUCUCCCAACGUAUCCGACGGACUUACCGUUCUGCAGCCAGAGACAUCUGGCGCAAGAACCCAGUCUUCUUCCCCUUCGCCAUCGUAUCAAUCAUCGCGGCUACCGCAGUCUCCACAUAUCUAUUACGAAGAUUCUACCUUAGUGCAACAGAGGUCGAUGAAAAAGUCAACCGAUUCCCUCCCGCAGUCGCCAAAGAAUUACGCAAAGCGUUGUACUCCACAGAGAUCAAUCUCGAACCUCAAAAGGCUUUGGAACAUUACAGAGCAGCUUUGCGCGUUGCAACGGAGCUAGGGAUGCAUCCCUGGUCUGACGAAGUGUUGGGAAUCAAGCUUCAAAUGGCCGAUAUGUUGGUCAAAGCUGGAUAUCACAAACAAGCCGUUCAGAUGCUGACGACGGUUAUGAAGGAUGCCUUUAAAUGGGCCGCGGAUACAAGGACCAGAUAUUCCGUGACGUUACCAAAGGACAAACCUGUGGCGGACCCCAACUUGCGAGAUUUACUGGUACCGGAAGAGGAGACGAAGGAAUAUGAAUUGAGACAAACUGAUAAGACCAUGAAGAAAGUCAUUGGUACGCAUUUACUCAUCGCUGAGUUGCAAGAGGGUGAACAUUUGAAAGAUCCCGCCAAAUCAUUCCUGGCACGGAGACAGGCGCUGGAAAUCUUGAGACAAGAAAUACGCUAUCGAGAGGCUCGUGGUUUACCUGCCCUGGCUACUCCUGAGGAAGGAGAUGGUUGGUUGAAUGCGGAGGAAGUCGGACACAUCAUGUCUGAUCUCGGGGAGACUUGGUUGCGUGCGGGGAGACCAGAUAAGGCUCUGGAAUUGCUUAUGCCAUCGAUAGCGAUCCUGCGAGACGUGGAGGGUAAAGAAAUCACCUGUCGACAGGUCGUCUUGCUCGCCAACAUCGCAGCUGCAAUGUUUGAUCAUAAACCUGACCAACAAGAUGCCACUAACAAAAAGAGACCCCCGGUCACUGUUGAGCAACAAAUGCAAUCCUCUCGAGCAUGGGCCCUUAAAGCAAUCGAAGUCUCCAAGAUGGUCCAAGAAGAUAUGCGCGAUGAAGACUGCGAUUUGGGCUGUGCGGCAGCAGCAGAUGUCCUUUCAGCCAUUGCGGACUGGCGGGGAGCAGAUGAGGAGGCUCGGAAAUGGCUUCGUGAAGAGAAACGGUAUUGCGAAUCGGCGAAUUAUGCAGAAGGUGUUGAGAAGGCGGUUACACUACUGGCAAGUUAUGAUCGAGCAAGAAAGAAGACGGCAAAGGUACAAUAA